UUGGGUUAUAGUUCAUUCUAAAUGGUCUGAAUUGGAAAUAGUCUAUAAUAUUAAUAAGAGUUAAAAUGCUUACCAGUGAUAUAUUUCAGAUGAUAAAUUUAGUCUCCAAUGACAGAUUAAUUAAAUCUAGUGCAAUAUUUAUCACCUUAUUUGUGGUAUUAAUAGGAAUCUUUGUAGGCUAUAUUUCUGCUAUUUUUGUGUAUACGUGCUACAUAUUAGGAUAUAUUACUGCGUGGUCGUUUGUUAAAUAUCCAAAUAAAGUCACAGAAGGCUUACAAAGAUUAUUAAGCUUUUAUCGUGGAGGCAUAUCCAUUAAAAACUCCCUGAAGCACUCUUGUAGCAUUUGUGAUGAUUUGUCAUGUAAAAGACAUCAACAGAAUUCAACAGUAACACCUUGGAAACAUAUACAAAUAAGUAAAGAACUCAAUGAUUCGGUGGAAAGGUUUUAUAACCGAAUUAUUGAAAAUUUCAUAUCUUCAUGGUACGGACAGUUUAGUAAUGAUUCAGAUUUUCUGAAUGAAUUGCGGUAUUCUCUGCGGUAUGCAAGUGCUUCUGUUAUUAAUCGACUGCUAGAACUUGACGUAGCAGGUAUAAUUACAAAUAAAUUACUUCUCUUUGCUGUUAAACAUAUUGAUGAUUAUUUGUAUAUACGACAAAUUACAAACUUGAGAAACGGCAGGUUCAAUGAAGUUGCUACCGAAUAUCUAGGAAAACGAUUACAUAUUGCUGCUACAAAUAGGAAGAAUGAACUGGCAUAUUUGCAACACUUAGUUUCUUCUAUUUUGGGUAAUAUUUUACCAGAAAAUUAUUUAAAAUGCAGGAAUUAUUCGGUUAUAAUAAGAGAAAUUUUGGUUGGUUGGGUAUUCCUGCCUUUGAUGGACGUUUUAGCAGAUCCAAAUAUUAUAAAUUAUAUAGUAAUAUUGUCCAUUACUUAUAAAUCAAAGAAAGCAACAAAACGCAAUGUUAAUAUGGAAAUGGUCACGUUUUUAGAGAACUAUGCGACUGUCAAUAAAAAAAUAUCGCCUUUCGCAAUAAACUUAAAUAAGAUAAAGAAUAAUACAGAUCUACUUUAUGCAUUCAUGCAAUUUUUGAAGAAACAAGAACACGUGCACUUGUUACAGUUCUGUUUGGAUGUUGAUGAUUUUAAUGCAAAACUGCUCACACCAAAUUUGUCAAAAAAGCAAUUGGAAGAAUUACAUUCCGACGCCCUGAAGUUGUACAAAGACUACUUGAAUAAAGACAGUUUGAAUUUUAUUGGUUGCCCGAGCGAUAUAACAGAAGAUUUUUCUCAUUUAAUUAAAGAAUACAUUACAGAGAAACUAACAAAAAUUCCUAAACUCCUGUAUAGGGCAUAUGAUUACACUUUUAACGAACUAGAAACUAUGUGGUUACCACAAUUUUUUCAUAGCAAUGAGUUCUACAGCUACAUAUGUGGAUCUAAAAUCGUGUCAGCUUAUGUUAAACCAAAUAGAUCGGGUGUGAAUAAUUUUGGUUCUCCAAUGAAGGAGAGAUCAAAAAAGUAUGAACCAAACAGUCAGGGUACCGUAUCAAAAAUAAGUAGUGGAUUAGUUAAAAUUAAAGGUGUGUUGAAAACAAAUCAACCUAUAGAAGGCUCCUUUUUCCCUCUAGAAGCCCAUAAUGUUGAAAAUGGUACCGUGGAAGAUUUGUUGCUGGCUGAAUGUAAAACACUUUUUAGAGACCUUAGCACAUGGAAAGUAACAAUAUGUUCUUACCAGGCAAGCCCUUCAAACAAAGUAAUAUAUUUCUGUGUGGCUGUGGAAAGAUUAGAUUUGUUAGGCGAUGACAGCAGAAGAAAUUGGGUAGUUUUGAGAAAGGAUCAAGAUUUUUACACUUUAAAAGCUAAGUUGGUAGAGUUUCAUGGAGAAAAUGAAAUAUGUGACUCUCCAUUGCCUUCAAGAAAGGCGGGGUCUUCUGUUGAUAUUCGUAUGGUUAAAUACGAAGAGUUCUUAAAGAAACUUCUUCAGAAACCUACUUUAAGGAGCAGUGAUUUACUCUAUUCCUUUUUGACAACCGAAGAGGAUUUUGCUAUCUUCAUAGCCACAAGCACCCCAAAUAUUCAGGAUUUUGGUAAUAUUUACCAGUCUGUGGCACAUAAAUUAAGAAAGGAAAAAGGACAGCAUUUAGAUUCGUUCAUGAGCGCUUUUUUAAGUUCCACAGGGAAACCCCGUCAGGAAAAGCUCGACUGGGCAGAAGUAGGUGAAGAAUUUGAUACAGCAGCUGGGGCUUGUAAUGUAAACAUUUCGUUUCCAAAAACUUAUCGAAAUCAUAUUUUUAAUGAUAACUUUGGUGUGAAAUACAGCUCCUUGAAAGAUACAAUGAGUGGAUCAUUCAAUCCGGAUGGAUUUAUGGAAAGUAUUUUUUAUUUAUUAAAACAUAUAUUUACUAUACCGAAUGGAUUGCUGAAAAUCUAUGUUUCGUUAUGCUGUGUUGCACAGCAAUUGGUUGACUUCUCAUGUCGUCUUUUUAUAGAACAUAAAUUGAAAUCAAACCUAACUCACUCAAAUUUGGCUUUUUUGAUUCGGUUGCUGGAAGAUGUAAUUUUCAAUCUUCAUGUCUCUCCUACUAAAGAUGAAUUAGAGAAAAGGAGGAUCCAAGCAUUUAAGGAAUUAGAACAAGUGGUCCCUACUUUCGCUUCUAAAAUUCUUGGACCUGGACUUCAAAAUGGAUCAAAAACUUUGCUAGAAAUUAUGCAGAAUCCACAGUAUAACAAACAGUUAAUCUACAAUUUACUGGACAUUAUUUUAACAGAGAUGUAUCCAGGAUUAGGAAAAAAUCCUGAGGAAUAGGAUCCUACGGCAUAUAUUUAAAUUGAAAUUUACUGUGAUAUUUGUAUCUUACUAUAAAUGGAUGAAAUAAUUUUGUAGAGAAUAGAUAUUUAUAAAUUUUUUCAAAUAUAAAAGCAACUGUGCACU